AGGCGGAAGGCGCCGAGCGCCGAGCGAUCCCGAAGCCGCCAGCGGUGAAGGCUGGGGCCGGAGGAGGGAUGAGCUUGGCCGGGGGCCGAGCACCCCGGAAGACCGCAGGGAAUCGAUUGUCUGGACUCUUGGAGGCAGAGGAAGAAGAUGAAUUCUACCAGACCACUUAUGGGGGGUUCACCGAGGAAUCUGGUGAUGAUGAAUACCAGGGGGACCAGUCAGACACAGAGGAUGAAGUUGACUCUGAUUUUGACAUUGACGAGGGGGAUGAACCAGCAAGUGACGGGGAUGGUGAUGAGCCAAGAAGAAAGCGCCGGGUAGUGACCAAGGCCUACAAGGAACCUAUCAAGAGCUUGAGGCCUCGGAAAGUAAGCACCCCAGCUGGCAGCUCCCAGAAAGCCCGCGAGGAGAAGACGCUGCUCCCCUUGGAACUGCAGGAUGAUGGGCUUGACAGCCGGAAGUCGAUGCGCCAGUCCACAGCAGAGCACACUCGCCAAACAUUCCUUCGGGUCCAGGAGCGGCAGGGCCAGUCACGGCGCCGAAAAGGCCCUCACUGUGAGCGACCCCUGACGCAAGAGGAGCUCCUCAGGGAAGCGAAGAUCACUGAGGAACUCAACCUACGUUCCCUUGAGAACUAUGAGAGACUGGAGGCAGACAAGAAGAAGCAGGUCCACAAGAAGCGCAAAUGUCCAGGGCCGGUGAUCACCUACCACUCCAUGACGGUGCCCCUGCUGACAGAGCCAGGACCCAAGGAGGAGAACGUGGAUGUGGAAGGACUUCUUGGCUCCUGUCUCCCCAGGCUCGAGCCGACUCCCGUGGUCCCCACAGCAGCUCCUCACUCUGUGACGGGGCCCGUCAUUCCACCUGCUCGAUGCUCUCGUACUUUCAUCACAUUCAGCGAUGACGCCACAUUUGAGGAGUGUUUUCCCAGGGGAAAGCCCCCCAAGAUUCCUGUGCGCGAGGUCUGCCCCGUGACCCACCGGCCGGCCCUGUACCGGGAUCCUGUCACAGAUAUUCCCUAUGCCACGGCUAGAGCCUUCAAGAUCAUCCGGGAGGCCUACAAGAAGUACAUCACAGCCCACGGACUCCCCCCGGCUGCCUCGGCCCUGGGCCCGGGCCCGCCGCCUCCAGAGCCCCUCCCUGGGCCCGGACCCCGGGCUCUGCGGCAGAAGAUCAUAAUCAAGUGAAAGCACGGCUGGUCCUUAGACCUCCCUUCGCCCUGUGCCGCCUGGCCCUUCCCGACUUUGCCUCUGCGCCUCCCCCUGCUUUCACCCCCCGUCUCAGACUCCUGAUUCCCCCUUCCCUUCUUCCCCUGAGCAACCUGCCCACCUCCCUCUGUAUUUUUUAAUCUAAUAAAAACAGAAAAACUCC